AUGGAAAGCAAUAGACAUGGCAAAACGAGCGUUUUGAUGCUCCCAUGGCUGGCUCACGGCCAUGUCUCGCCGUUCUUCGAGCUCGCCAAAUCCCUCCGCCGUAGAAACUUCCACAUAUACUUCUGUUCCACCUCCAUAAUUCUCAACUCAAUCCAACCAAACCUCACUCGAGAUCUCUUCUCCGAUAUCGAGCUCGUCGAGCUAAAGUUACCGACGUCAUCCGACCUCCCACAAUACUGCCACACUACCGCCGGCCUCCCGCCCCAUCUCAUGUUCUCGCUUAAGCAAGCUUUCGACUCAGCCGCCUCCGCCUUCAGCAUCAUCCUCCAUAACUUGAACCCGGACUUGGUCAUCUAUGAUUUCUUGCAACCAUGGGCACCUGCCGUGGCUCGAUCAUCUCAUAUUCCCGCCGUCAUGUUCCAACCUACGGGCGCGCUUAUGGCGGCUAUGGUGAAGUACGAGUUGGAGUAUCCAGGCUCGAAUUUGAGCUCGAUAUUCCCGGAGAUUCGGCUCACCGAGUACGAGAUUAAACAGGUGAAGAACUUGUUUAGAUCAUCAGUGAAUGAUGCGAGGGAUGAAGAAAGGAUUAAGGAAUGUAAUGAGAGAUCGUGUGGUAUGAUUUUGGUGAAAUCAUUCAGAGAAAUUGAAGGCAAAUAUAUUGAUUUUCUCUCUAUUUUGCUGCGGAAGAAGGUGGUUCCAGUGGGUCCAUUAGUUCAAGAACCGGAAAACGACGUCGUAUCAGGAAGUAGAUUCGAAAAAUGGCUAAACAAAAAAGAGGACUCAUCUUGCUUACUCGUGUCAUUCGGUAGCGAGUUCUACUUAUCCAAAGAAGACAUGGAAGAAAUCGCUUAUGGGCUCGAGCUUAGCCACGUGGACUUCAUAUGGGUGGUGAGGUUUCCGGUAGCCGGUGGAGGAGAGAGAAAGAAGAACGUUGAAGAAGAACUCCCUAAAGGGUUUCUAGAGAGAGUUAGAGAGAGAGGGAUGGUGGUGGAAGGGUGGGUCCCACAAGCUCAGAUUUUGAAACACCGUACCACCGGCGGCUUCCUCAGCCAUUGUGGGUGGAGCUCCGUCAUGGAGAGCAUCAAGUUCGGUGUCCCGAUCAUCGCCGCCCCAAUGCAGCUCGACCAACCGUUGAAUGCUAGGUUGGUCGAGUGGCUCGAUGCCGGUGUCGUCAUCGAAAGAGACAAUGGUCGCCUCCACCAUCAAGAAGUGGCCAGAGUUGUCAAAGAGGUAAUGGUAGAGAAGAUGGGAGAGAGAGUAAGGAAGAAGGUAAAGGAGUUUGCAGAGAUGUUGAAGAAGAAAGGUGAUGAAGAGAUGGACAUGGUGGUGGAAGAGCUGGUGAAGCUUUGCAAGAGGAACAAGGAAGAUAAUUUACAGAGCCAUUGGUGUAGACCCGCCAUUGAUAGCCAUUUUUGUGAACCUCGAUGAUGAUGCUACCGCAACCGACACGGGACCUUUUUGCAAAUACGACAAUU